AUGUUGGGAAAUAAGUUUGUAGCCCAACUGGCGUUGCAGCAACUCCGCAAUCGUGGUCUCAUAACUUCAGCUCCACGACUCACUUCUGUCAGACAUCGAUUCGCAUGGGGAUCUGACGCUGUUGGUCCAAACGUACCAGUUGGAGGAAAAAUGGGAGCAUCCGAAAAUCCAGAGUUGCACACCUAUGACGGGGACUACCGUGGAACAAUUUCGAAGGGAGAUAAACCAAUUCCAGACUAUUUCUAUCGUACUCCAACAACUGGUCGUACGUACAUCGACCGCUGUGUGACCUACUUCAUCUCUGCCGUCAUUUGGGCAUGGUUCUCUUACCACAUGUACUACCACUCUGGUCAUCUUCUUGGUCAUUGGUAUAUGCCGUACCUCACCGAAUUUACUGAUGAAGAGCUCGGUAUUCCAAAGGAUUCGGCCGACGAUCCAGAAUACUGGGGAAAUCACAAGAAGGAGUAUGGAACAUACCGAUAA